CCUAGGCUGCCUUGUCUCUCUAACAGCAUUAGGAACAAGUCUGAGAAGGAAAACCCAUUCGAAUCCCCUUUCAUUCUGGAUUGGUGGAUCUGAAGCCCAGAAACAAAGUUUCAGAACACGUCAGUAAUGGAGGAUCAGAAUGAAGAUGAGUCUCCAAAGAAAAAUACCCUAUGGCAGAUAAGUAAUGGAACUUCAUCUGUGAUUGUCUCAAGAAAAAGACCAUCGGAAGGAAACUACGAAAAGGAAAAAGACUUGUGUAUUAAAUAUUUUGACCAGUGGUCUGAAUCAGAUCAAGUUGAAUUUGUGGAACACCUUAUUUCACGAAUGUGUCACUAUCAGCAUGGACAUAUUAACUCUUACUUGAAGCCCAUGUUACAACGGGACUUCAUCACUGCGUUACCAGAGCAAGGCUUAGAUCACAUAGCAGAAAACAUCCUUUCCUAUCUUGAUGCCAGAUCACUCUGUGCAGCAGAGCUGGUAUGUAAGGAAUGGCAGAGAGUCAUCUCUGAGGGAAUGCUAUGGAAAAAAUUGAUUGAAAGAAUGGUACGCACAGAUCCGCUAUGGAAGGGACUGUCAGAAAGAAGGGGUUGGGAUCAGUACCUGUUUAAAAACAGACCAACAGAUGGCCCCCCAAAUUCAUUUUACAGGUCCUUAUACCCAAAGAUAAUACAGGAUAUAGAGACUAUAGAAUCUAACUGGCGAUGCGGGCGACAUAAUUUGCAAAGGAUUCAGUGCCGCUCUGAAAACAGCAAAGGUGUCUACUGUUUACAGUAUGAUGAUGAAAAGAUUAUCAGUGGCCUACGAGAUAACUCCAUUAAGAUUUGGGACAAAACAAGCUUGGAAUGUUUGAAAGUAUUAACAGGACAUACUGGCUCAGUUCUCUGUCUGCAGUAUGAUGAAAGAGUCAUUGUAACUGGAUCUUCAGAUUCUACAGUGAGAGUUUGGGAUGUAAAUACAGGUGAAGUUCUGAACACGUUGAUUCAUCACAACGAGGCAGUGCUUCAUUUGAGGUUCAGUAACGGCUUAAUGGUGACAUGCUCAAAGGACAGAUCAAUUGCUGUUUGGGAUAUGGCAUCACCUACUGACAUCACCCUGCGCCGUGUCUUAGUUGGCCACCGUGCUGCCGUUAACGUGGUAGACUUCGAUGACAAGUAUAUUGUGUCAGCGUCAGGUGACAGGACCAUUAAAGUCUGGAGUACAAGUACGUGCGAGUUUGUUCGUACUCUAAAUGGGCACAAGCGUGGCAUUGCAUGCCUCCAGUACAGGGAUCGACUAGUUGUCAGUGGAUCUUCAGACAAUACCAUUAGGCUAUGGGACAUUGAAUGCGGUGCCUGUUUAAGAGUAUUAGAAGGCCAUGAAGAACUGGUUCGAUGCAUCAGGUUCGACAAUAAGAGGAUUGUUAGUGGAGCCUACGAUGGCAAAAUUAAAGUUUGGGACUUGCAAGCUGCUCUUGACCCUCGUGCCCCAGCAAGUACAUUAUGCCUGCGUACGUUAGUGGAACAUUCAGGACGUGUCUUUAGACUCCAGUUUGAUGAAUUUCAGAUCAUUAGUAGUUCCCAUGACGAUACAAUUCUGAUUUGGGAUUUCUUAAAUGUGCCACCCAGUGCCCAGAAUGAGACCCGCUCUCCAUCUAGAACAUACACUUACAUCUCCAGAUAACAGUCUGCACUUUACUACCCUCAGAAGGGUUUCACAGUCUUGAACUACUGGAUUUUUGGCUACUACAUGCCUGAAGAUGUUGAUUGACAGCUAAAGUCAGAAUUGGUUCUAGAUGCUGUGUAGAUGCAAAGCAGCACAAUUCUAUAUCUAAAUUUCUUAAUCUUUCCUGCUCUCAGUGGUCGUCUUUCAAUUUACUACAAAUUCACUGACUUCGAGUAGAUGAAUUUCAGAAGCCUAUCCUUCCCUGCAAUGAGAAAUCCAAAGCUUCACAUGUAAAUUGUCCGUAGAAACUGAACUCUGAUGGCUUGUUUUUCAGAAAUAAAUCGGAAGUCAAGAAAGGACUUGGCCUAAUUUAUAUUGCUUUGCACUUUUGUCUGACUUUAAAGAAGAAACAUUCUCCAAUGAAAUUUGGGUGCCAAACACAUACCCAGAAUGUACAGAGCUUUGCUUUCAAAGUCACCAUUGUCCUUUAGACUUUACUCUCAUGACAGAUUCAGAGCCUGUUUUGUUUGAUAGGAGUGUACGUUGGACUCUUAGAAAUAUUUCUGAAUUGCUCAGUAAUAUUUUUGGAUUACAGUUUACUUGUUUCUGCACCAAUAAUUUCUUUUAAAUUAAAGAUUACCUGUAAUUCAGGCUAGGUUAUCUAAACUAGUUGUAUAGCACUGUCUUUUUCCUUUUAACUGUGCUCUGUACUACAGCCGUCCUACGCUUCCUAAUGUUUGGUAUAGUAAAACCUUUCCAUGUGUGCUUGCCUCAUUUCAAAUACUGUAUAAGCAUGUAGAUAUAAUGUACAUAACAGCGCAACCUCCGGGUGCUAGGAGUCGGGGUUUCCUGACACUACACACUAAUACAAAAUGUGGUAGCACUUGGCAGCAGGAUGUUCUAACUACUGGCACUGUAGGGGUUAAUAUGAGUUACCUAGACAAUUUCUCUGCAAAAGGAGGUUUUCAGUAUUCAUUAGGAUUUUUUUAAUGGGAACUACAUAUUUUAAAAUGUAAUUUCUAAACUUUUUAAAAAUUAAAAAAAUGUUUAAUUUA